CGUGGUAUGAGUAUCUGAACGCGUUCUACGUGUCAAAAAUAUUACAACACAGCUGUUUACUGUCAUGCUCCUCAGUCCAAUUUCGUGAAAAAAUACGUGAAUUUGUUCCCCUAAACAUGGCAUCAUCUGACUGGGAUGAAAUAAAGCGCCUAGCAGCAGAUUUCCAAAAAGCUCAGCUUAGUUCUACUGCUCAAAGGCUUUCAGAGAGAAAUUGCAUUGAAAUUGUCACAAAAUUGAUAGAACUUAAAUUGAUUGAUGUAAUAUUCACUACUGAUGGCAAGGAAUACUUAACUACUCAACAACUAAUCAGGGAAAUAAAAGAUGAACUCUAUGUACAUGGUGGCAGGAUUAACACAGUUGAGUUGGCUAAGGAGCUCAAUGUUGACCUCAGUCAGAUCAAUACCAGCAUCACCGAGAUUGUGAAAGGAAAAGAAGUACAACUUGUGUCUGGCUAUUUAAUAGCUUCAUACUAUUUGGAAAAAAUUGCAAAAGAAAUCAAUGAGAAACUUCAACUUCAAGGACAAAUAUCAGUUGGAGAGCUGACCCUGCAGUAUGACUUGCCAGCUGACUUAUUACUACACAGUGUACUAGAAAAAUAUUUGGGCAAACUCAUUUUUGGUAAACAAGAUGCUUCAGAACCCAGAACUUUUUAUACUGAAGAGUAUAUCAUGAGGACAAAAGCAAAAAUCAAAGGAGCAUUGAUGGGCCUUUUGAAGCCGACUCCUGUAACUGUUAUAGUGAAUCACUGUAAUGUUGUGGAGCGGCUGUUCCUGUCCUUGUUUGACCAGGUGUAUGCCCCUGGAAUGCUGACUGGGAGACAAACUGGAGCUCUCUAUGUACCUUCUUGUUACACUAAGUCGCAGAAUGACUGGGUGAUGAGCUUUUACAAACAAAACAACUAUCUAGAGUAUGACACAUUAUCUCGCUUGGGCAUCUCAGACCCCAAAGGCUAUGUGAAGAGGACUCUACCCAAUGAAGACCUUACGUUUCUCAGCAGCUGUGCGCUCGGGUCACAGAUUAAACAGCAGCUUGAGACAGCUCUAGAGGAGUGUAUAGCAUCUAAGAGUUACUUAGAUGUUGUAUCCCUGCUGCCUUCUGUAUUGUCAGAUACAGAUAUUGAAAAUGUUCUAGAUGAAUUGUUAAAAAAUAACUCUAAGGCUACAAUUGUCUUUGAAAACACUGUUUUCAGCAACCACUAUAUUGACACUCUAAAACAGGCUUGCACACCAAUGAUGCAAAGCAAAGUAGAUGCAGUUGUCAAAUCAGGCAAAUAUCAGCAGUUUUAUUUAGAGAAGCAGCUGUCCAAAGCUAAUGAUUUACAACAGGGUCAUGUUGACCACAAAGCUGAAAGGCGAGAUGAAAGACGGAGGAAGGCAGCUUCAGGUAAAGGGGGUGGAGGCACCCAAGGCCGCGAAACUAAAACUAAGGCUGUCAAAAAACAUCCAAGGGGUAAACAGGCCGCUCACGACUCUGACUCUGAUGAUGCCUCUGCUGUCAGUAAGAAAGUCUCAUCCCAAUUGGAAAUUGUAAACAUUGAAGAUGUUAAGAAAAUCAUCAAGGAUGUUCUUGAAAAUGAGGGACUUGAAGACCUUUUUACGCAAAUAGCUGAAUAUUUGCAUGGAGGGUUGAACCAAACAGCUUUGGCACUAGCAAAGGAAACAGCUGAAAAACUGAUGCAAGACGCCACUCAGACCAGGAAACAAACCCACUCCUCCACACAAGACAAGAUAAACAUUUUGAUCAAUGAUAUCAAACUUUACGAGAAGGGUCUGAAGUCAUUCCAAGCUGAGAAACAGCCACAGUUGAUAAAAUACCUUCUCAAGUCUUUAGGAGGUGACGUUUUAUCGGAAUUCUGCAAAUAUGCAGCAAACCAAUGCAAUCUUUCCGUUCAAAUGGAUGUAUUAACUCCUGACCAGAGAAAUAAGAUUAUUAAUGACUUGACAGAGGAAUACACAAAACCGUUUAAAGCUCUGAAUGCCACACUCUCGGAUCAGAAUUUAGAGUUGUUUUAUCAAGCUGUUGACUUGUGUCUUGCGCAAUGUGGUAUGAUUUUGAAGAAGAUUGAUAAGAAGAAGGACAAGCUUGUGAUAACCAAUCACAGAGAAAAGCUGAUAUCUGAGUUGGAGAAUUGUGAUGACCCGGCUCUGACACUGCAUUUGGCAGUAUUGGCGAUAUUCACAAUACUUACACAGAACAUGCUACACGCGUCUGGGAGGCUGGUGCCUGUCAUUAUUGAAUUUUUGAAAACUCAGUUGAAAGAGGAGCACUUUGUUGAACUGCAACAGUACCAUGAGUUGGUUACUAAGUACCUGACUUCAAAUGACGAAGACAAACCAGAGAUUGAAGACAAAUUGAAAGAGGAAAUGUCGACUAUUAAAAAUAUUGUUUAUGAUAUAAAGAAAAACAAAUGAAUUGUUUUAAAUUUUCAGUUUCAAAUUAAUUGAAAUAUAUAUUUUAUCAGUUAAAA